AUGGCUUUCGAUGUUCCUUCAUCUACCGUUAAUUUAUCUGUUAACAAUAACAAUUUUCUAACUAAUCAACGUUCAGAAUUAUUAAAUAAACGUCUUCAAACAUUACGAUCUCGUAUAAAUCAAUCAAAACAUACUCUUAGUGCGUUACCAUUUGAUGAAAAUUAUACUAACAUUAAACGAGAUUUAUCGUGUUGGAAAACAUCAAUGAUUGAUAAAAUCAACAUGAUCCAUGAUCAAACAUUAGAAGAAUUAGAUACAUCAUAUAAUCAAUUAGAUUGUUACAGAAACACCAUACAACAUUUAAUAGAUGAUCAGUUAUCGAAACAACUCGAUAGCAUCCAGAAUAAUAAUUCAUCAUCAUUAUCAAUUCGAAAAACUGUUGAUCGGUUAAAUCAAUUACAAGAUGAAAUAUCAGUAUUAAAAUGUUUAUCAUUCAAACUUAAUAGCGAACAUGCUCAAAUAGUUGGUCAGUUAAAUUUGUCCAAAUGUACCGAGCAUAAACAUCGAACACCAGUUCAAAUUGAUUAUUUUGAUGAAUCAUUUAAAUGUCGUUUUCUUAUAUCAAAAUCAUCAGCAUUAAAACUAAUUGAAAAUAAUAAUUAUACAAAUUUUAUCGAAAUUCUUGAACGUGGAGUACCGGAAUGUGUUCUCAUCACAACAUUUGAUCUUGUCGAAGAUUUAUUAACAAUAAUUGAUGUAACGACCGUUGGUUUACGAAUACUUUUAGAUCAAACAUUCAUUCCACUAAUAUGGGGAAAAUUAGGUGAUAAUGCCAAACAGUUAAAACAAAAAUAUCAAUUACAAACAAUAAAAUCCUAUCCAAUAUGUUGUCCAAAAUCAACAGAGCGAGUUCUUUAUUUGGAAAAAAGUGAAAAUACAAAUAUUAUUCAGUGUUUGAAAGAAAUUUAUGCAACAUGUUUAAACGAGCCAGCUGUGAUAUCAACUCUCUAUGAUCCAAUAUCUUAUGAUCGUCAACUCGUCAAAGAAUAUGGUGGUCUAUUUUUGGAUUCUCAAGAUGAACGUCUGUAUCAAGAAGAGGAAAAACAACAACGUCGUUAUUCUGAAUCAACAGCUGACGAUUAUUCCACAACUACCAUCUAUAAUAAUUCGUACAAACCAAAAAUAUAUUCCAAAGAUGAUUAUGAUCAAUGUAAAGAUGAAAAUGAUUAUUAUCGUCCAAGAAAAACUGUUACUACCGAUGCUAAUAGUGAUACAGAUUUUGUAUGUCGAAAUUUUUUGGUAAAUGAUAAACAAGCCGGCAUUAUCAUUGGAUUUCAGGGUUCAAGAAUAAAUAAACUCAUGCGUGAUACAGGUGCACGAAUAAUAAUUGAUGAUGCCAAAAAUGUUCAUACAAAACGAAAUCUCUAUGUGGAAGGAAUGUUGAAAGACGUUGACAAAUGUAUUAAAGAAUUAGCCGAAAUUAUGAAUAAACCAGAAAAAUGGUUUCAAGGAAUAGAUAAUAGACAAAAGAAAACAAAAAAUAUUUGA